CAAGAUGGUUUGUUGUAUCAGACAUCAGUUUACAAUUGCGCGUUUUGGUUGGAUCGUGUACACUGCAUUCGCGAUGAGCGACAAUCAAGAAGAGAGCGUAGUGACAGAGGAGGCGACUACAUUGGCAGAAUCUGAAGCACCCCAACUGCAACAACAAGAACAAAGUGAUAUCAUCAAGAAAACCGAGAAGAUGCACAUCUCGUUGAGCAUUUGGCCUCCCAAACAGAGCACCCGAGAUGCCGUCAUCAGCCGCUUAGUCGAAACCCUAUCAGCCCCUUCCAUACUCUCCAACCGCUAUGGGUGCAUGCCGGCAGAGGAAGCCGCUUCCGCUGCUCGCAUCAUUGAAGAAGAAGCCUUUUCCACCGCUGCCGCUUUGUCCACCGCUUCAAAUGCUGCCCAAGACGAUGGCAUUGAGAUUCUUCAGGUCUACUCCAAGGAAAUCAGCAAGAAAAUGCUCGAAGCCGUGAAAUCCAAAGCUCCGGCAGCUUCUCCCAACGAAAACCCAUCUCAGACACCAAUUGCUGCCCCCGCCACUAGUGAUGAAAUCUCAUCUGUUAAAAUUGAAUCUUCGUAGACUUCAGUAUUUUUCUUAUGGGUCAGGGGUUCUACUUUUUGUUAUUGAUAUUUGUGGUCAUCGUAUUGCACUGCUCUUGUUUUGAGAUCUCUUUUUAUGGGACAUGGAUGUCUUUGGCCAUUUAUAUCUUGCUGUAAUGAUUGCAUUAACCUUGGUAGAGAUCUGCAUCUAUGCUUCAGUUAUUGUGUUA